UUUAUUUUAACUUUAAAAUAUAGUAUGAAAAGGAAACUUUAUGUCAUUACCAUAAUAGAAAACCAGGGUCACGUGAUAUAAACAGAAGGCAACAGGAAAAAUAAACACCAUGAGAAUAAUGCCACAUUCUCGGAUUCUAGAUGGGUAGGCUGUCUCCAAGGCUCUGAGCUGGGGUCUGCUCUCUGUUUAAAAAGGAAGGUGGGGAUGGGAUUUGCAACUGUUAGAAAAAUGUCACAUACAAUGGUACCAAAUUAAGACUUUCUCCUCCUUGCAAGAGAAUUGAAAAAGACAGUUAACUUUCUCCCUCUUGACUCAAAGUUCUGAGUUCUAUGGGAGACUCCUCCUAACCUACCUGGUUUACUUGGCCUGUUUGGAAAGCCAUUAAGACUCUCUCCCGGAAGGGGGUGGUGGGAGCCUGUGCCUUGGGAACCGGAGAGAAGAAACUGGGGUGGAGGUGGGGCUGAAGAAGGGAGGGGCUCCCUCCCUUCUUCCCGAGGACCAGACUAUGGCUUUCUUUUCUUUGGCUCCCUCUGUUUGUGGGUGGUCAUGUGAAGCUCCCCACCAUUGGAGCAGAAUUGGAAGGUAGGGCCUCGGGGAGGGCGGGGGAGCCAAGUCACAUCCACGCUGUGCCUGCCUGCAUGUUAGCUAAUCAUGUCCUUUUGGGUUGGCUUCAUGGCUAUUUCUGUAUAGGAAGGUUUGCUCCUCUCCUGAAGUGUGGCUGCAUUGGAUAGCACGACUAUCUAUCCACCCGCUCUGAUUCAUAACAGCAUACGGUGCAAAUCAAAUCGAAAUGCUAAAGUUUCCCAUUUAUUCGGUGUUGGUUAGCCAGGAGGCUACCAGCAACCCUGAAGGUAGCAACACCUUGUUAGGAGGUCAGCUCCCUUCCCAGGAUGGGCAGUUGGAACCUUUAAACGAGGGUUUUCUUUCUAGAAUCUCCGAUCUGCUGCUCUGCAGAUGGACUUGCCGGCACUGCUGUCAGAAGUGCUAUGAAUCCAGCUGUUGCCAGUCAAGUGAGGAUGAAGUUGAAAUUCUGGGACCUUUCCCUGCCCAGACUCCUCCCUGGCUGUUGGCCAGCCGGAGCAGUGACAAGGACGGGAACUCUGUCCACACAGCCAGUGAAGUCCCGCUGACCCCACGGACCAACUCCCCAGAUCGGAGAUGCUCGUCUUCGGACACAUCUAAGUCUACAUACAGCCUGACCCGGAGGAUUUCAAGUCUCGAUUCCAGACGACCCAGCUCCCCACUCAUCGAUAUUAAACCCAUCGAGUUCGGCGUUCUCAGCGCCAAGAAGGAGCCCAUCCAGCCCUCGGUGCUUAGACGGACCUAUACCCCAGAUGACUAUUUCAGAAAGUUCGAGCCCCGCCUGUACUCCCUCGGCUCCAACAGCGACGACGUGGACUUUCUGACGGACGCAGAGAUCCUGUCCAAGUACCAGCUGGGCAUGCUGCACUUCAGCACCCAGUACGACCUACUGCACAACCACUUGACGGUGCGCGUGAUCGAGGCCAGGGACCUGCCACCUCCCAUCUCCCAUGACGGCGCGCGCCAGGACAUGGCGCACUCCAACCCCUACGUCAAGAUCUGCCUCCUGCCGGACCAGAAGAACUCCAAGCAGACCGGGGUCAAACGCAAGACCCAGAAGCCCGUGUUCGAGGAGCGCUACACCUUUGAGAUCCCCUUCCUGGAGGCGCAGAGGAGGACCCUGCUGCUGACUGUGCUGGACUUUGAUAAGUUCUCACGCCACUGUGUCAUCGGCAAGGUGGCCGUGCCUUUGUGCGAGGUCGACUUGGUGAAAGGUGGACACUGGUGGAAGGCGCUGAUUCCCAGUUCUCAGAAUGAGGUAGAAUUGGGGGAGCUGCUUCUGUCACUGAAUUAUCUCCCGAGUGCUGGGAGACUGAACGUUGAUGUCAUUCGAGCCAAGCAACUUCUUCAGACAGAUGUGAGCCAAGGUUCAGAUCCCUUUGUGAAAAUCCAGCUGGUACAUGGACUCAAGCUUGUGAAAACAAAGAAGACAUCCUUCUUAAGAGGCACAAUUGAUCCUUUCUACAAUGAAUCCUUUAGCUUCAAAGUUCCCCAAGAAGAACUGGAAAAUGCUAGCCUAGUGUUUACAGUGUUCGGCCACAACAUGAAGAGCAGCAACGACUUCAUCGGGAGGAUCGUCAUCGGCCAGUACUCUUCGGGCCCCUCAGAAUCCAACCACUGGCGGCGGAUGCUCAGUGCCCACCGCACGGCCGUGGAGCAGUGGCACAGCCUGCGGUCCCGGGCCGAGUGUGACCGUGUGUCCCCUGCCUCGCUGGAGGUGACCUGAGGGCUGCGGGGAAGGCAGCUUUCAUUUGU